AUUUAAUCUCUUAUAAAGCUCAUUUGAUCUAAGGGAGAUAAUAAUAGCUAAAGGAAAAGAGAAAAAAAAGAAGAUGGCCAUGUUCAUUGAAGAUACGAAGAACAAGAAUGAAGAUGAUCUAUUAUUCAUAAACCUUGUUUCUAAUGAAAAAAUUUCUAAUGAAAAUGACCAAGGGCCAGCAACAAAUGUACCACUAGGAGAUGAUGACUUGGGACUAACAAUAAUACAUGUGCCAAAAGAAGACCAAUCUGAGCCUGAGCCAAAAAGUGAUGUACAAGAAGAAGAAGAGGAGAAUGAUGAUGAUUUUGAACCUCUUCCAAAUGGAGCAAGAGCAAGAGUUUCAACACGUCCAAGCAAAAGACCAGCUCCAUCUCCCAAGACUAAUUAAUUUUGUGACUACAUAUUAUUUCAAGAAAUCCAAUUGUUUUGUUCUGUCGUAAAAAGAAUGUAAAACGAAAUAAUUUAUUUAUUUUAGUUUAAGAUAAUUAAACUUAAAAGUGUAUUUUAUUUUUUAAAAUUAUGCGUCCAAUAAAGCAUGUUUGAUUAGGAGA